AUUCAAUUCAUGCUCUGAAUUUCUUUCAACCUCCCCCCUCUCUCUCUCUAGACUUAUCUCUACAUGUAUAGAUGUGAGAGAGACUUGUAAUUAUACACAUAUGAGUUUUGAGAGAGGUGAAGACCAUCAUCGUCAUCAUCAAAACCACCUUUCACCGCCACCUCAAGACCACCAAGAAGAGGCCAAAACUCCUCCCUUCUUGAUGAAUAUCAUGGCUACUACCAACAAAGGCUAUUCAAAUACAUCAACAAAUACCUUCUUAGACCCACAACAACAUCAUCAUCACCAUCAUCAUCAGCCUUACCACCAACUACAGUUCGUCCAGCAUCAAGAUCAUCAUCACGAUGACAGCAAUCAGAUAUCGUUCGCCAUGAUCAAUCAUUCGAUGCCCUCAUCGUCUAUCCGCCCUCCUACUAAUCCCACCACCACCACCAACAACAAUAUCAUGAGAACCGAUGGAGGUGGGCCUUACGAUUUGGCUGAUUUGGAUCAAGCACUUUUUCUCUAUGGCGAAGGCCAAGCUUCUGCUGAUCCGUCUGCACUCUCUAGUGUCCAAGAUCAUCAAAGACGCGAUUCAUUAGAAUUGAUGCGUGCAGAGGGUUCGACAUCAUCGGGGAUGAGACCUCCAACUCUGAACAUAUUCCCUUCGCAACCGAUGCAUGUAGUAGACCCUUCAACCUCGACUACCAAGGCAACUACUGGAUUAGUUUCUCCAUCAAGCAGUGGUUCGAGGAGACCAUCUGAACCGUCUAUGGAGAACAUCGCCAACCCCCAAAAGGAUGCUCCUCCACCUGCCCCUCAAUCUUCUAAAGCCAUCAAGCGUGAGGGAAACAAGAAAGGGCCUACGACUAGUUCAGAUCAGGGUCGCCCCAAAACCCCCGAUCCUAAGACACUGAGGAGGCUUGCUCAGAAUAGAGAGGCAGCGAGGAAAAGCAGGCUGAGAAAAAAGGCCUAUGUUCAACAGCUAGAAUCAAGCAGAAUUAAGCUUACCCAAUUGGAACAAGAGUUGCAAAGAGCUAGAGCUCAGGGGGUAUAUCUUGGUGGUGGUGGUGGUGUUCUUGGAGCUGAUCAAGGUGUUCCUCUUGGAAUGAAUAACAUAAGCUCCGAUGCUGCAGUUUUUGACAUGGAGUAUGCAAGGUGGCUCGAGGACUACCACCGUCAAAUGUGUGAACUUCAAGCCGCGGUUCAAGAACACUUGCCAGAAAACGAGCUCCGGAUCUAUGUCGAUAAUUGUAUAGCACGUAUCGAUGAUGUGAUGAAUCUGAAGAGUAUUGUUGCAAAAUCUGAUGUUUUUCACAUCAUCUCCGGCACCUGGAAGACUCCUGCUGAGCGAUGCUUCAUGUGGAUUGGAGGGUUUCGACCAUCUGAGCUCAUCAAGAUAAUUCUUGGUCAAAUCGAGCCAUUAACAGAGCAACAACUGAUGGCAAUAUGUGAAGUGCAACAAGCCACACAAGAGGCUGAAGAAGCACUGACGCAAGGGCUGGAGGCACUGAAUCAGUCUUUAUCUGAUACCAUUGCUUCCGAUGCUUUAAGCUCCCCUACAAACAUGGCUAACUACAUGGGUCAGAUGGCUGCAGCCAUGAACAAACUCUCCACCCUUGAAAGUUUCGUGAUACAGGCUGAUAAUUUGCGACGCCAGACGAUUCAUCAUGUCCUUCAACUCCUAACGACCCGUCAAGCAGCCAGGAGUUUGCUAGCUGUUGCCGAGCACUUCCACCGCCUUCGAUCUCUCAGCUCUCUUUGGGUGGCUCGCCCUCGACAAGAUUAGGACAAAAAAAGGAUCCUAUCAUAUAGAUCAUGUCCUUCAGUUGGUUCUAGUUUUUUUCUCUCUUUUUUCACCCUUUUAAAGUACUUCCAUGACGUUUUUUUGGUUCACUUUGCAUCCUUUGUCUAGAGAGAUGUAUAGAUAGACAAAAAGUCCCAUAACUAGUUUUAACAGUAUAUGAUGUAGACCACUCUCUCUGCUGCCAUUUUAGUGUCUUUUGGUACGACGGGACGUGCUAUGUUGCUUUGUACUUGUGCUAUUAUAACUUGUACAAAUGGUAGCAA